AUGGCCAUUAGAUUACCAGACGAAGAAGACGUAGCAUACGCCAAGAAACAAAUCCUUGAUAGGAAAAAGUCCGUUGCUGUAGUCGGCUCAAUCUUUAUUUUAAUCGUGAUAUUUUUCACUACUGAUUUAUACAAUUAUGCUUUGAUUAUUGCUCAACCAACCAAUAAACCUGGAUUAUGUCCACUUUACGAUCCCAUUGUUCCAAAAUCAUUCAUCAAAGAUAAUUCAACUGUGUUAACUAUCUUGAAUGAUGAAAGUUUUAGAUUGCAAUCGGUUCAAAAAUUAGCUAAUGCAGUGCAAGUUGAUACUCAAAUCGGUGACGAUCAACCUGAUGUCGAUGAAGCUCCUGAAUUAUGGGAACAAUUCAAAGGAUUCCAUGCUUAUUUAGAGAAGACAUUUCCUACUAUUUAUGCUGAAUUGGAAGUUGAAUAUGUCAAUACUUAUGGUUUAGUCUUCACUUGGAAAGGGAUUAAUACUGGUUUGAAACCAGUGUUAUUAACUGCUCAUCAAGAUGUGGUGCCUGUUCAAAAGGAUACUCUUGACCAUUGGACUUAUCCUCCUUUCUCGGGUCAUUAUGAUGGGAAGUUCAUUUAUGGUAGAGGUUCAUCUGAUUGUAAGAAUGUUUUGAUUGCUAUUCUUGAAUCGAUUGAAUUAUUGAUUGAGAAGGGAUUUACUCCAUCAAGAACUGUUAUCGCUGCAUUUGGAUUUGAUGAAGAAGCUUCAGGUAGAAGAGGAGCUUAUCAUAUUGGAAAACAUUUAGAAAAGAAAUUCGGUAAGGAUUCCAUUUAUGCUAUUCUUGAUGAAGGUCCAGGUUUAACUCUUGAUCCUAUCUCAGGUCAAAUCAUUGCUUCACCUGCUACUGGAGAAAAGGGGUAUACUGAUAUUAUAGUUGAAUUAACUACUCCUGGUGGACAUUCAUCUGUCCCACCUGAUCAUACAUCGAUUGGUAUUAUCUCCGAAUUAGGUUAUUUCAUUGAAAAGGAUCAAUAUGGUCCAAUUUUUUCAGCAAAGAAUCCUCUUUUACAAUAUUUACAAUGUAUUGCUGUAAAUAGUGAUAAAGUCCCUAUCCUUACUAAAAAGGCUAUUUUAAGAGCUGCUUUUGAUAAAUUUGCUAGAAGUAAGAUUGUUGAAAGUCUCACAAAAAAUCCUAUAACCAAAUAUUUAAUUCAAACUUCUCAAGCUAUUGAUAUUAUUAAAGGUGGUGAAAAAGCUAAUGCUUUACCAGAAAAUGUUAAAUUAACCGUUAAUCACAGAAUCAGUGUUGAAACUCGUGUGGUUGAAAUUCAUGAACAUUUUACUAAAAGAGUUAUUGAAGUAGCAAAAAGACAUGGUUUAGAUGUGGUUAGUUUUGGUAAAACUGUCUUUAAAGGUGAUGGUAAAUCAGGUACCUUUAUUAUUUCUUCACCACAAGCUUUAGAAUCAGCUCCUGUUUCUCCUGCAAAUGAUACCGUUUGGAAAUAUAUUGCUGCUUCAACUAGACAUGUAUUUGAAGAUGUCGUAUUUACAAACUUGACAUAUCCAAUUAUUGUAGCUCCAGUGGUUAUGCCAGCAAAUACUGAUACUAGACAUUAUUGGGAUUUGACAAGAAAUAUUUACAGAUAUUCUCCAUUCUUUGCCACUGAUUUCAAAGAUAGUCAUAUUCAUAGUGUUGAUGAAAGACUUGAAUUUGAUGGUCAUUUACAGUUACUUGCUUUCUUUUAUGAGUAUAUUCAAAAUAUUGAUACUUCUAAAGCUGAUAAUUAG